AUGGCAUAUUCUAUAAGUAAGAUGGAAGAGAAAGAGCCCCAUAUGUUUCAGUCGCGGUGUAAAAAGGCGUUGUCAGCUGCGAUGUUGGUGCAUUGCUUUAUGAACAUAGGUGGUCGUGUCACGUUUUCGCGUGCAAAGCAGUCGAAUUAUGCGUUGAAAGUUCUGAUAGGCAAACAAGUAGUGAUCAACGAUGUGACAUACACACAAGAAGACAUGUGUGCCGCAGCUUGUACAUUUGCAAACAAGAUGAAAGCACUGAUUCGUGAAGCACGAAGCAACAAACGGAAAGAGAUUCGAGUCGACAAACAAUGUCUCAAAGCAAUCAACACAGAACUCCCAAAUGAAAUCCCAAAAACACCAAAAAGUACAAUUACACUCUGUAGAAACAGAGAAGCAGCAUUCUCUAAUUUCAUCGCUUACAUUCUUGUCCAACACGGAUUCGCUUUUAAUAUCACUUUGACAACUAUUAAGGAAUCUACAAGUGUCAUGCAUUUCUACGUCUGGGACGCUAUCACAGACAACAACGGUAUCACUCUCUCAACUCUCGACAACACUGAACCACUCAUCAAUUUCAUCAGAAACGUCACUUCACUCAUAUCUCACAAAAAGAGCAUCCUCUCUAUCAACGACAUCUCUAAAACUCCAAGCGCUUUUAGUCCUGCUGAUAUCUCUCUUUAUCAAGUCCUUUUUCGUGAUGAAAAAUCCGUUUCUAAAAAAACUAAUGGAAAAUAA